GGAAGCGUCACAGAGCGAACGCGAGGGGAGAAAUGCAGCGGGCUCCAAUGCAGUCGCUUGGCCGUCGACUACAUUUGGAGCCGUGCACAGGCUCAGCGUAGUUAAUGGGCGUGGUGUGAAUGCGGUAAAUUUACCUGCUGCGCGCUGGGCUGCGAUUUCAUGACCGAAUGAGGAGCAGCCGUACCGCGCCCGCUCCCGGCUACUCAGCGCGUCUCGCGCCCUAGACUCUCCCUCUUUACCUUAGGGCACACCUCAUCUUUAGACCAGAAGAUGGUGCUGAAGACGAACACGUGCCGCUUCAGCGGCCUGAGGAUUUACCCUGGCAAGGGCAUGAUUUUCAUCCGCACGGAUGGCCAGCACUACAUGUUCCUGAACAAGAAGUGCAAGUCCUACUACCACAACCGUCUCCGUCCCGCCAAGCUGGCGUGGACUGUGACCUACCGCAAGCAGCACAAGAAGGACCAGAUCAGCGAGGUGCAGAAGAAGAAGCGCCGGACUGCCGCUAAGUCCAACAACCGCUCCAUCGUGGGCACCUCGCUGGAGGUGAUCCAGAAGAAGCGGGCGGAGAAGCCCGAGGUCCGCCAGGCCAGCCGUGAGGCUGCCAUCCGUGAGGUUAAGGAGCGCGCCAAGAAGCAGAAGGCGGAGCGCGCCGCCGCUGCCAAGGCCGCCGCUGGUCCCCAAAAGGCUGCCCCCAAGGUCGUGGGCCGCGGCAAGCGCUAAGCAGCUUCGCAUGCUGUGAAAGUGCUUUAGAUCGUGUAACGCGCAACCCCU